AGUUUGUCAUUGUCACUGUCAGAUUAUCACGAAUUGGUAAAAGUAAUAUUUGUUUUGUAUCACAAGUGUAUCAUAAAUAAUUUAACUUUUGAUCAAUAUUUUUAGUUUAUUAAGUUUACGUAUAAGUAAAAAAAUAUAUUAUUUGGGAGGGCCCGGGAUCACGGCUGUCUUCAAAUUCCUAAUUCAAUCACCUAUACUGCUUCAAUAUGAAAGCCUGAUAUUAUUAUAAAUAAAAUAACAAGUGGCAUAUAUUUAUUAAACGAUGGAUAAAUUAACAGUUAUAUCAGGAACUUUAUUUAUGGCAGCUGAUGUUUUUGCCAUUGUAAGUCUUGCAAUGCCUGACUGGAUCAUAACUGAAGUUGGAGGUGACACACGACUAGGUUUGAUGUGGUCCUGUAUCACUCUCUACAACCGGCCUCAAGUCUGUUACACUCCAGAUCUACAACCUGAGUGGCUGCUUGCAUUAAUUUGCAUAUUUAUUGGAUGUAUUUGCAUAACAACUACUGUGAUUCUACUAGCAUCUAGCCAUUUUGAUAGAAAUGUAAUACCAUAUGCACGAUGGGUUGGAUUUGCAGCAAUGGUGGUGUUUUGCUUAGCAGCAGUCAUAUUCCCGAUGGGUUUCCAUGUAGAUGAAAUUGGAGGACAGCCAUACCAACUACCGAACAGCCACCAAGUUGGCAUAUCAUACAUUUUGUUUGUUUUGUCUCUCUGGAUUACUGUGAUAUCUGAGUUAUUUGCAGGCAAAGUUUGUUUGCCUCAUUUUUAGUUUGUAAAUUUUAUUUGUAAGAUGUACAUUCCAUAAUAUAAAAAUAAAGGUUUAUAGUGUAAACUAAUA